GCACGUCACUGCCACCAUGUUGGAUCAGGAAGUGGGCAGAGUCGAAGCAGGAAUCCCGAGCCGAGCUUAACGUAAACGGCCGUCUUUAUUCGAUCGGUCCACCGUUUCACCGUCCCCCCCCCCUUUUUUUAACCAUCCAGGUUACAUGCUGCGUGGCUUCCUGGCUGGUCGAGGUAGGCGCUUUUCUUGGGAUCUGAUCGUUUUGCAGCACCAGCUAUGGCCUCUCUCGCGAAGAGAAACUCGGGCCUCGUCCAGCGGAGGACCGAGGCCAUCCGCAGCGCCGCCGCCGACAAGGAGAAGGACUCCGGCGGGGAGGAGGACGAGGCGCGCCGCGGGGAGGAGGACGACGACGACAAGGGGGACUCGAAGGAAACAAGGCUCACACUGAUGGAGGAAGUGUUGCUCCUGGGCCUCAAGGAUCGAGAGGGUUACACGUCUUUCUGGAACGACUGUAUUUCUUCCGGUCUCCGCGGGUGUAUGCUGGUCGAACUGGCCCUCAGAGGGAGGCUACAGCUGGAGGCCUGCGGGGUGAGGAGGAAAAGCCUGCUCUCAAGGAAGGUGAUCUGCAAGUCAGAUGCCCCGACAGGAGAUGUGCUACUCGAUGAGGCCUUGAAGCACAUAAAGGAAACCCAGCCUCCAGAGACAGUCCAGAGCUGGAUAGAGCUGCUGAGUGGAGAGACCUGGAAUCCCCUAAAGCUGCACUACCAGCUGAGAAACGUUCGUGAGCGUCUGGCAAAAAACCUGGUCGAGAAAGGUGUCCUCACCACAGAGAAACAGAACUUCCUGCUUUUUGACAUGACCACGCAUCCGCUCACCAACAGUACCAUUAAACAGCGCCUUGUCAAGAAGGUCCAGGACUCCGUUUUGGAGAAGUGGGUCAACGAUCCCCACCGCAUGGACAAGCGGAUCCUGGCCCUGAUCCUCCUGGCCCACUCGUCCGACGUCCUCGAGAAUGCCUUCGCCCCGCUCCAAGACGACCAGUACGACCUGGGCAUGAAGAGAGUCCACACUCUGCUCGAGCUGGAGCCGGAGAAAGAGAGCGCGAAGCCCAACGCCAACGAACUUAUGUGGGCCGUGGUGGCAGCGUUUACUAAAUGAAAACACCUUGAUUGGUUGGACUGGAAGAUCUGGCUAUGGUCUGUGUUAUUUAAUUGGUUGAAGGACUUCGCUUAAUGAGAUGGACUUCACUUUAAUGAGACAAUCUGUUUUGGUUGGGGAGCCUGUUUGUACAUCUAUUCCAGAUGACGUUUUGGUGGUAGUCCAAAUUAACCCAGUGCAAUCUGUUUGGUGGUGGGCCUCACCAAGUAACACUUGGUUGGUUUGAACGGUCUCUGAAUGAAAAAACAUGAAUGACUGGCUGGUAAACGACGUGCCACUGCUAGGCUGGAUAUACUUGUAAACAUCGACACUAUGAACAGACGGGCUUCUGUUAAUGUUAGAUGACAUCAAAGAACAAAGCACGGGGCAGCAGUAGUCAUGGUGAAUAUGAAGAUUUUGACUGGGGCCAAGUUUCCCUCGACACUAAGGAAACAUCAUCUCUCCAUUACGACAAGAUCUCGCCAGUAUCACGUCCUGGUCUCGUCUCCAUACUCUCCUACACGCUUAUGCAAGGAUAAAGGAUAGCAAGUCACACUGCUAUUGAUGCUCUUUGCACUCCCGCAGGUCUCCUGCUUCCACCUAUUCAUUCCCACUUGUGUUGGGAGUACAUGCUUCGGGUUACUGUUAGAAUAGACUACCUGAAUGUUUUCUCUCUGUAUCCUCAUUUAAUUUCUAUUUUUCCCCUCUUUCCUCCUCAUUGCAUUCUGAGGAGGAAAGAGAGGAACACACACAAAAUGCUUGAGUUCAGUUGCUGCAUUAUUAGCCGAGUAAUUUGGCCGCCAUAGUCUCAGACUGAAAUGAAGAAUUAAACCUUGAGUCUAGCUAAAGUCUUUAUGUUAUUGGUUUUUUUUUUUUUGCAAUGGGUCCAUUCUGUUGUAGAGUGAGACCAGUCUUCCAUUUCUAUUUAUGUUGCUAAUAGACGCUUGGAGUAGCCUGCCAUUUAUCAACUAUUUUGCACAGUCAAUAGCCCUGUAGGUAGGAUCGUAUUUAUAGAGAUUUUUCUUGGGUGGUGAAGGUGAGAUUCAAAAGUAUGAACCGUGGCAAAGAUGGUUAAAAAAGAAAAAGGAAUCUCACUUAUUUUUUCUACAGCUAUUGAUCUUUAAGAAUCAUUCCUCUGAAUAUAUAAAUAUAUAUAGUACAAAAAAGGGUUCUGCGCCUUUUUAAACAUUUUUUAGUUGAGAUGUAAAGAUGCAGGAAAAGUGAACAGCUGGCUCGCUGUGAACACAAAGAUUCACGAAAGGAUCGUUCGCGGUUGCUUAUACGAACGGGCUGAACGGAUGUUUAAGGGUCGACUCAUCCAAAUGAAAGAAAGCAUAUUUUCACUCUUAAUGCCAGUCAUGCAGGUACUUUCAGUUUCAUUCAGCUUUUGAUUAAAUGAAACAGAUAUCUGCCUCUAUCUCAAUAUAAGGAUCCGAAGUGGCAUUUCCUAUCAAGAUGCACAUCAGCCGUAGAGGAAAAAAUAAUAAGAAGCAACCUGUUUGACUGGAGUUUCCUGUGACAAGCCCACACUAUAAACGUUUUUACUUAGAAUGGCGUUGCACCGCAGAGUUCAUAACUGAAAACUGUUGAAUGCAUGUGAAUUCACGAUAUACCGACAGAGGGAAGGAAGCCAGUUUAUUUUGUCAUUUGGGUGAAUCGACCCUCUAAGCUUCCUUCUUGCAAUAUGAUGUAUCUCUCAGUUCGUAUGUCAUGUCAGAAUUAGAUGUUAUUUCUACCUGAGAUGUUGUAUUGUUUCAUACAUGCAGAUGAUGAGAGGGUUACUUGGGCCCCAGAUUAAUCCUUGUUUAAGACUGAAACUGUUCAACAACACGCAAUCUGUUCCAACGAUAUCUCCAAACACGCUUCACUGUAGGUCUGGGAUAACUUCUGGUACAAUGUAAAAAAAAAAAUCACGAUUGUAACCAUCAUUCUGGUCUGAUGAGUCUAAUCUAUGUAUGAAGUUACAUCACAUAUUGUUUCAUGGCAUACUUAUAGUUCUGUCUUAUUUUUUCUACCUACAAAAAAAACCCAAUAGGUGUGAAGAAGCAUUGAGCUCCGUUUACAGCAUAGAGACCAUGCAUGCUAUUGGUGGAGGGCUGGGGUACUUGUGGAUGUAGCUACAAAGAAAAGGCUUGUAUGUAAUUAUUAGUCAUUUUAUGUGUACGAUCUAAUGGAAUUCAAUGAAAGGGAUCUUCUCUCCUAUCCUGUAUAAUUCUGUAUGCUUUUGUAUUACCACACAAAAUAAAGUAAGGAUCCUUUAAGUGCCUGAAUCUA